UGACCUGAAAGUCAAAUAAUUACAACUCAGGUGUAAAGAUGGCGACUAAUAUUUUGGAAACGAAAAUUUCACAGUUGCUAGGUCAAAGAUACUUCAAGAAGUCUGUAUUAGUGCGGUUUCUUUUAUUUUUAAUAUUACUUAUCAUAUGGAUCUCUGUUAAUGGAGGACUUCUUCCUGGUUUUCUGCGUCAGAGACUGCCAAUAUUGCGUGUUGGACCAGAAUUGAACAUAUUAUAUUAUUUUGAAGAAGCAGAGAGAGAUGGUAGCAAAAUCAGAUGGUCACGAGCAACAAAUACCCCAGCAAAGCUUAAAGCAGCAUUAAAUGGCAAGUAUGAUAUGAUCGAAGCAGAUGUGAUCUUAAAAGGACAAGGAACAUCAAAACAAGCUAUGACACCAAUUGUAUCUGAUUUACCUGCAGUUGAUAAUAAUUUCGAAUUAAGGACGUGGUUACAGCAAGUGAAGAAGUAUACAAAAGGCAUUAAAUUAGACUUUCGAACUAUCGAUGCUGUUGAGAUGUCACUACAGCUAUUGAAAAGCAUGAAGGAUGAGCUUAAAAUUCCUAUUUGGCUGCAUGCUGAUAUCUUAAAAGGCCCUUAUAGUUCUCGACUGCCUGUUGAUGCAACUCGUUUUUUUCGUAAUGUACGCACAUUCUUCCCCACUUGUACUUUGUCUUUAGGAUGGACAACUGGUUAUCACACAGAUGUAAGUCAAGCUGGAUAUACUUGGGACAUGGUACUUGAUAUGCAUGAUUUAAUUAUACACUGGGAAAUCAGUCAACCACUUGUCUUCUCUGUUCGGCUAGCCUAUAUCAAGAACUCAAUUCCACAACUGAAAUGGUUGUGUGAUACGCUUCAAGCUUCAUUAUUGGUGUGGAAUGAUAAUGAAGAUAAACCAGUUCUAGAAGAUGUCAUGUAUGUAGCUUACCGUUUUCCACCUGAAAAAGCCUUUUUUGACUUUCGAGAUGAAUAUUUGAGCAGCCAUCUGAAGCGUUAUAGACAUUUUUCUAAAAACUAUGUUCAUCCACUUGUUUUAGAGAGAGAUCAAGUAAAAUUCAAUCCAUAUGCUUGGGUAAAAAUGGGAUUAUAUAUUGAAGAAAAUUCUAUUCUACCUAGUUCAGAAUCACUAGUUUUAAAGAGUCCAGCUGUCUAUAUUGUAAGCAUUUCUAAACUUAAGUCUGUUGAAACUCUUCAUUUAAAAGGAAGAGUUCAUUUCCUUAAUCGUAAAAAUCAAGAAGCUAUUAAUGGACAGACAGGCUUAAGCAUAUUUUUCCGUAGUUUUUCUUAUUCAGACUAUGAAAAAAUUAGUGGCAUUCGUUUUUUUAUUGGUGUAAAUGGAGAUCUUCAAAUUUCAGGCCAACAUCUUGGGAAAAAUGUUCCUGAGUUUAAGAAGAGGGCUCGAGUUACUCCUGGUUCAGCUAGUUGUUACCGUUUUGAUAUUGUUGACCUUCGGCAUGAAGUUGUCAUGGAAAUAAAUAGCUUGCAUGAUUGUGAUACUUUAGAAAGUGUACAACAUGAAGACACAUCCCAUAUAUCUUUGAGAGUAAACAUUCCUAAUGAGCUAGCACUUGGGGAACAGCCUUAUAUUUUAAAAAUGGAAGACAACAGACGUGUAGCUGUUAUAGAUGAACUUGAUAUUCGCACUAUUUACCAGACUAAAAAAAAAAAAACAUGAAUAGUAUUUGAAAAAUUGUAAAUAUAAUAUUUUUUAGGUUUUAUUUAUAAUAGCCUUUGAUUCAGCUGAAUCUGACUGAACCAUCAAAUAUUUAUCUCAGGUUGUUUGAUAUUAAUAAAUAUUGUAACCUUUACACUUACACAGUAGACACAUGUUGUAAAUUCAAACAUAUUUUUCUUUCAGUAAUAUGAACAUUUUCCUUUCCAGUUAUUAUAGUUACUUAAGAUUUAGUACAAAUAUGCUAACAAAAUUUGAAAUAAUAAUUUUUCACCAUAAAAGGUUGUAAAUCACCAAGAGAUUCAACAAUGUUGGUAACCUCCAAAAGAUUCAACUGUCUUAUAUAAAAAACUAGUCUCAGUCAAAUGAACAUAUUUCUUUUUAACUAUUAUAAUUAUGUAAGAUUUGGUACAAAUAUACAAACAUUUGAAUAAUAAUUUUUUUACAAUAAAAUAAAUUACACAUAUUAACAUAACUAGUGAUCUUCAGAGAAUUCAACAGUAUAUUAUUUAAGAAUCAAUUUUCAAAUGCUUAAUUUUAUUUAAUACUAAAAUUAAGCAAAUUAUACUCUGUAAAUUUGGAAUGAUUUAAUAAGCACUUUAACAUCAAAAACAAAUUAAAACUUUUUUUAUUGCUUCAGGACACUAUUUGUUAAAAGUAAAAUAAUGUUUCUUUCUAACUUGUUUGGAUAACCAAUACAGUCACAAUUUCUGAAUAAACUGUGACAAUAUUAAUUGAGCAUUAUAUAUGUUGAAAUUAUAUUUUAAUUUUGAUAGAAAUAAUGUCUAAAAUGCAAUAACUUCUAGCAGGAAGAAAAACAACUUUUGCUAAGAUCCACAAUGGAGCAUUGCUCUCACAUUGGGAUGGUAUUGCUGCUAUACACACACACACACACAUGCACAUAUCCAAUGCAGCAUCCAGAAAAGAGUCAAAGGGCCACCCAACUGAUUAUCAUUAAUUCAUUCAUAAACACUCUCCAGCUUCUAGCUCAGAAGUGUGCUAUCUUUACUCUCUGCUUUUUUACUGCUACUUAUAAUGGUUUCUGCUCAUUGGAAUUGGCUGGACUCAUGCCAGCUCUACUUAAGCAUUCCAGCCCUACUCAUCUCUCCCAUUCUCAUCACCCUUCUUAUGUCCAACCCUACCAGGUCCAGCACAAAUUACUAUAGUCAGUCAUUCCUUUCCAAAAUGUUGAUUCUCUGAAAUUUUUUUCCUGCUCAUAUCUUUCCUGCAGGUGUUAAUUUACAAAGGUUCAAAGGGAAUGGUAUCAAUCUUGCUAGUCUAGGAGGAAUUGCAAGACUACAGACACUACCUCUUCCUCCAGAUCCAACUAGUAAAUAACAAAUAGCAGUAAUAAUAAUAGUCAGAUGAUGACAUAACACAGAGAUAUAGUUAAAAAAAAGAUACAAUUCAAAGCAAAAAGACAAAGAGGGCAACCUAUACACACACAAAGUAAGAAGCUACUAUGUAGGUUUGAUCAAAGCCAGGUUUGAUCCUUGUGAUCCUUGAUCCAAAAGUGCCUGUGAGUAUUUUUUCAGCCAGCUAAGUCAUGAAAAACUUUAUUCUCUGGGACAUAAUCUCUCAAACGUUCAUAGACUGAUAAUGUGGUCUUUAUCAAAAGUCUGUCUUUUCAGCUUCCCUGAUACUGUUCCAAGUAAUGCUCUCUUUACUGUUCACUGUAAAAUUCAAUAACUCCUUAGGGGUGGGAACAGCUCCUCUUGUGUCUUACCUUCUACUUCAGUUUCUGUUUUUCCCACUUCUUUUUGUAGUUGCUUUUACACAAGCAUGAGGAAGACACACACAGGCAUGAGAAAGACACCCAUGGCUUUCAAAAUGCAGAGAUAUUUUUUCUCUUUCUCUCUUCAAUAAGGAGUUGAAGUAGAGAUGCACACUCCUUUGUCACAGAGCUCUGACAGGCAGGCUUUCUCUAUCAGAUAAUUCAUAACAAGAGCCUGAGCAUAUGAAAAAAAACUGAAACUGUCUUAUUUAUUGCUCAAAUUUUUUAAUGUGAUGUGUGUGUAUGCAUGUGUACUUGUGUAAGGCAGAGGGAAAUGUUGGAAAUAAAUUUCUAUGAUAAAGAUCCAUAUAAAAAAUAUUUUUCCAUGUAAUUUCACCUAAUAAAAAUGCUUUGUAAGAAAGCAGUAUUGCCCAAGUAUAUACAUAUUAAAAACAUACUAAUUUUGAAAUAUGCAUGUCUCCAUUCAUAACGUCAUUUUUUUGGUAGAUUAAAUUCACAAAUUGAUUUUAGUUUCUGAUUGAAAUCACCACACUUAUUUCACCUUUGGAAAAAUUAAGAUAGAUAUGAUUUUGAAAAAAAAAAAGCACGACUAUCCUAACUUCACACUCUCCCUACAUUUAUAGGUUUUAUAUUUAAGUGAACAAACUACUUGUCAAAAUAUAUUUAAUUUCCAUUUUAAUAAAAUAUUUUUGAUGAAAGUUGUAGGGUUUUUUUCUGUCUAUCUUGAUUAUAUUCUUUUAUUUUUUCAAUUGAGGGAAAGGUACAUUAAUGUGUGAAUACACAUACUAUUUUCAUAUUCAGUUAAUUAAGAAGACCAUAUGUCCAAUAUACA